UUGUGUUUCAGAGUCAAAGUUGGUAUUACCUGACAGGGUCUGUAGCGGUGUAUAACGGAAACUACUCGUUGAGAUGAGGCGAAAAGAGAAGCGAUUAAUGCAGUUUGCUGGACUGCUUAUCGUGGCUCUGCUUUUUCUGCCUAAUGUCGGAUUGUGGUCCCUAUAUCGAGACCGAAUGUUUGAAAACUCGCCCGAAUUCGUGGAGGGACCAGGCGGGCUUGCACAGGUCCAGAAAAUGAACGUAAGGCCCAGGCCUCCAGUAGUUCGGGAUGGUCAGCAGAGGAAAGACUGGCAUGACUAUGAGGCCAUCAGGCGAGAUGCAGCCCGGACAGGUAAUGGUGAACAGGGCAAAUCUUUCCCACUGACGGACGCGGACCGCGUUGACCAGGCCUACAGGGAGAACGGCUUCAACAUUUACGUUAGCAACAGAAUUUCCCUCAACCGCUCACUGCCCGAUAUCAGACACCCAAACUGUAAGCUGAAGCUGUAUGUGGAGAAGCUGCCCAACACGAGCGUCAUCAUUCCUUUUCAUAAUGAGGGUUGGAGUUCCCUGCUGAGAACUGUGCACAGUGUGCUCAACCGCUCUCCACCCCAGCUCAUCGCCGAGGUCAUCCUCGUGGACGACUUCAGUGACAGAGAGCACCUGAAGGCCUCUCUGGAGGACUACAUGGUACGCAUCCCCAAAGUACGCAUCCUUCGCACCAAGAAGCGGGAGGGCUUGAUCCGCACCAGGCUGCUGGGAGCGGCUGCUGCUAAGGGGGAGGUCAUCACCUUCCUGGACUCUCACUGCGAGGCCAAUGUGAACUGGCUGCCCCCACUGCUGGAUCGUAUUGCCCAGAACCGGAAGACGAUUGUUUGCCCGAUGAUCGAUGUGAUUGAUCAUGACAACUUUGGCUACGAGACGCAAGCAGGCGAUGCCAUGCGGGGCGCAUUUGACUGGGAGAUGUACUACAAACGCAUUCCAAUCCCUCCUCAGCUGCAGAAGGAGGACCCCAGUGAACCAUUUGAGUCUCCUGUGAUGGCAGGAGGGCUGUUUGCAGUGGACAGGAAGUGGUUUUGGGAACUUGGAGGAUAUGACAUGGGACUGGAGAUCUGGGGAGGUGAACAGUAUGAGAUUUCAUUUAAGUUGUGGAUGUGCGGUGGGCGCAUGGAGGACAUCCCCUGUUCCAGAGUGGGACACAUAUACAGGAAGUACGUGCCCUACAAAGUGCCUGGAGGAGUCAGCCUUGCGAGGAAUCUGAAGCGGGUUGCCGAAGUGUGGAUGGAUGAGUACGCUGAGUACGUUUACCAGCGUCGGCCUGAGUAUCGCCAUCUAUCUGCGGGGGACGUUACUGCGCAGAAGGAGCUGAGGAGCAGACUGAACUGUGAGAGCUUUAAGUGGUUCAUGACGGAAGUGGCGUGGGACCUGCCCAAACACUAUCCACCCGUGGAGCCGCCGCCCGCAGCAUGGGGAGAGCUGCGUAAUGCUGGCAGUGGUCUGUGUAUGGAGAGUAAACACUUCUCCUCAGGGUCUCCCCUCCGACUGGAGACAUGUGUAAAGGGACGGGGAGAGACUGCCUGGAGCCAUGGUCAGGUGUUCACGUUUGGAUGGAGGGAAGACAUCAGAGUUGGAGACCCCCUGCACACUAAGAAGGUGUGCUUCGAUGCCAUCUCCAACAACAGUCCUGUUACGCUGUAUGACUGUCACAGCAUGAAGGGCAACCAGUUGUGGACCUACAGAAAGGAUAAGACCUUGUAUCACCCUGUCAGCAACAGCUGCAUAGACAGCAGCCCCUCAGAGAAACGCAUCUUCAUGAACACUUGUGACCCCAGUGCAUCCAGUCAGCAGUGGCUCUUUGAAAAAACCAACGCCACCAUUCUGGAGCAGUUUAACCGCAACCACAGGUCCUAAAGCUGGGGCUCUAGGCCCUGAGCCCUGCUGGGAGCUGCAGUGACUAGGAGCCACGAUGAGUUAGCGGACUCUGACGGGACUCUGACGGGAAUGAAGAAAGCACUGUGCAGCCCUCAUUUUCUAACAAAACUCCAUGACUAAUUUAUGAAGGAUAUUCACAGGAGUGUAAAAUACUGCCUGUCUUAAGAAUGGCCCGUGACGAUCCACAGGCUCAAUGCAGCAUGGGAAGAACAGAACUGUUUUCUUCAUCUCCCUACAUCCUCUCCCCUCUCCUCCUCUGGUCACCUGGGGUGAAUUAACAGGGGCAACGCAAACAUAGCACUGGACAUUUUAACAAAGGCUCCGCCCCCAAUGCACUGGGCCAUUUAACAGAGAUUCCACCCACUCAGCACUGGGUUAUUUAACAGGGACUCUGCCCACUCAGCACUACCUGCAGCCACACAGGAUACAUACGUGGAUGAGUCAGACUGUAGCCGUUCACCUAUGUCUGGCUUUAUACAUGCGAUUAAAGGCUUGGGUUUUGAUUAGCUGCACAACAGCUCUGCGUGACAGCAGACCAGAGCCCCUUUGAGGGGUAAAUGCAGCAUGUGUUGCACUCUACUGGGUUGGACGCUCAGGACAAAUAAAGCACUCAUACUGAAAAACUUGAAUACAGUACUGGUGCCUUGCUGUAAGAGGACAUUAUAUUGGCACAGAGUUAAUAUACCCUUGAACAGUGUAACUUAACCCAAAUGUUUACACCAACUGAACUGGUAUAGGAAUAGGUAAAUGUCCAUUUGUCUGUGUUUAAUAUGGCUUCCACUUAAACCUGUGUGUGUGUGUGUGUGUGUGUCUGUCUGUGUGUGCUAGUUAUUUAAUCUGGGAUUCUUUUAGGGCAUGCCUUAGCUCUCUUUCUGAGCAUGCCCUCUGCUCUUCAGACAUUGGAGACUGAUCCUUUAUUUAGCCUCCUUGGUCACUCUUUUAGGGGGAGACCACAGUGUCAGCAGGCUGAGGCCAUGCUCAUUUACUUUCAUUUACAUUCAUUUACAUUUAUUUCUGUAAACUGAACUGUGAUGAGCGUUGUAAAAUAGCUUUCCUGGUAAAGCAUCCUUUACAAUAAUUCAUGUCUUAUUUGGAGUGAUUAGUCGUUUCUGAUCCUCUUUUAAAUGUGGGACUGUUGGAAAAUGAGCAGCAGCAUUUCCGAGACACCAAGAUGGAGGUAUAGCAGGUGAUUGUUUGCACUGUGGUUAAUGUAUGAAAAUAAUCAUCAUGAGCAGAGUGCUCAGAGCCUCUCAUUGGUCUCUAUUAGGGUGUGCUGCGUUCUCGUUGGUCUCCAUUAGGGUGUGCUGCGUUCUCAUUGGUCCCCAUUAGUGUGCUUUGCAUUUCUCCCCCUUGGUUCUUUGUUAUUUGUAAGUCACAGAAAACAACGGAAGCUGAAAAUAAAGUAUCAACAGUGUGCUAUUUCUCCAUUAAACAAGCUAGUGCUUAGGUUUUCUACCAUUAAACCUUUAUUAUAUGGUAAAAGAAAAGUAUUGACUUCUUUGCUAUAAAUAUGGCAUAAUGUGCAUCUAUAGUUGCAUCAUAAAUGGAUGAUGAUUUGAGUUGCUGUACCCAGCCUUUGAUCGCUGGCAUUUUGGCGCUCCCAAUCAAAAGCUACAUCAGCUGAUUUAAGUGCAAAACUGUGUGAGUCCAAAGCCCAGUGAGCAGAGUGAAGCAUGUUUGAGUAGAAAUGAAUAGUACAGCCUCUCCUGCCUGGGAACCAGUGAAGCAACUUGGUGUUGUUCGCUUACGGGAGCAUAAACACAAAGUACUGUGAACAGGAAGAAAAUGUUCAGCUUUGCUAAAACAGUUUUAGCAAUCUCACAUGGUAUUUAACAGAGACCAGACAUUAAUUCAGGUUUAAUGGUAGAUAGUGUCAUGAAUGCCACAAUGAGCUCAUGUUUGGGUGAAGGAGGAUUUGGAACCUGGGGGGUUCUGGAACGAAACACUUCAAUCCCAAAUUAAUGCAUUUUUUGCCAUCUUGCAUUUUUAGAGUAUUUUUAUCAGAGUGAGGGCAAACUUUUUACAAUGUUGAUACAAUUAUAUUUUGUAAAAUGCAUUUUUUUAAAGCUCUACAGAAAAUUAAAUUGAAACAUGAUUUUUAAAAAUACCAUUUUAUAUCCACAGCAGAUAAUUGAUAUUAAAAAAAUAAUUAUAAAAGUAAAUGUUUUCAAUUUGAAUGCAUAGGUAAUUACAGAAGAAGUGUGUCGAGUAUUUUUGUACAGGAGCAACUGUAAAAAUGUAGAUUUUGAACACUGCAGUUAAACUGUAAUUGUAGCAUAUUUUCUUUUAAAUGUAAAAUAAAUCUUAAUCUUUUA